AACAGUUCAAGAAAUGGCAUCCUCUGCCUUCUGCUGGCUGUGGCUCUGGCUGGGGAAUUAGAAAAUCCAAAGAAGUUUUUCUGCCUGCCUGAAUUUCUUCAUAGAUCUGCUCAUAAUCACAAUUCAACAGACCCCGUCUAAUUUUUUUCUCUCAAAAAGAUCAAUCGGGUCUUUUUUUUUAUGCCCGAACUUGGCUAUGGCCACUUAUGUUAUUAACAUUCUCCCGUUUUCAUCUCCAACUUGCCCGCUAUACUCCGAACCCAAAAAAACCAGUAACCUUCACUUUCUGGGCAACUCAUUAUGUCAACAACCUGUGACUUUAACUUCUUGGAAGUCCCAAAUUCAGCCUGUAUUAGCUGCUAUCAAUGUAGAAGAGAAAGUGGAAGGAGAAAUAGGAAAAGAGAAACCUAAGUUUAGGUGGGUUGAGAUAGGUCCUAAUAUACCAGAAGAACAAAAACAGGCCAUAUCUCAACUGCCAUUUAAGAUGACCAAAAGAUGUAAAGCGCUCAUGAGGCAGAUAAUUUGUUUCAAUGACAAGAAAGGUAGUUUGCCUGAUUUAUUGAGUGCUUGGGUUAAGAUUAUGAAGCCAAGGAGAAAAGAUUGGCUUUCUAUUCUCAAGGAAUUGAACAAGAUGGCACAUCCACUUUAUCUUGAGGUGGCAGAAAUUGCCCUUCUAGAAGAAUCUUUUGAGGCUAAUGUUCGUGACUAUACCAAAAUAAUUCAUUUUUAUGGGAUGAACAACCAGCUUGAAGAAGCUGAAAGAACUCGCUUAGCCAUGGAGGAGAGAGGGUUUGUAAGUGAUCAGGUAACGUUAACUGCUAUGAUUCACAUGUACAGCAAUGCUGGCAAUCUUACUCUCGCUGAAGAAACUUUUGAAGAGCUAAAGCUUCUUGGUCAACCAUUAGAUAGGAGAUCAUAUGGCUCGAUGAUCAUGGCCUAUAUCAGAGCUGGAAUGCCUGAAAAGGGGGAGAUGAUACUUAGAGAAAUGGACGCUCAAGAAAUCCGUGCCGGAAGUGAAGUUUACAAGGCACUGUUAAGAGCGUACUCCAUUAUUGGUGAUGCUGAUGGAGCUCAAAGAGUGUUCGAUGCAAUUCAGCUUGCAGGUAUUCCUCCUGAUGAUAGAACGUGUGCAGUCCUCUUGAAUGCUUAUGGAAUGGCAGGUCAAAGUCAAAAUGCACACGCGACAUUCGAGAAUAUGUGGAGGGCUGGCAUUGAACCUAGUGAUAGAUGUGUAGCUCUGGUGUUGGCUGCAUAUGAAAAGGAGAACAAGCUCAUCCAGGCAUUGGACUUUCUAAUAGGUUUGGAGAGAGACAAACUCACCAUUGGCAAAGAAGCAUCUGAAGUACUAGCUGAGUGGUUUGGAAGACUCGGGGUCGUGAAAGAGGUGGAGCUUGUCUUGAGAGAAUAUGCUGCGGGGUAAGUCGAUUGCGAAAUUCUCAAAGUUCUGAUCUGUCUCCAAAUCUUGCUGCAUCCAUAGAAAAUUUUUGCUUUCCUGUAUAUAUGCUCAUGAUUGCGAGGAAGUUAAAGUGAUGGUGGUAAGAUAUGGAGGUUUCUCAUUUUAAGGUAUGGAUUCAGCCAAGUUUUUUUUAGUCUAAAAUAAAUUAUU